UCAGGCGAGUUGUUCACUCCGGCGGACAGAGUGCGGCGGAAAAACCCUAGCGGACUGGGAAAACUCUUGGGGAAAAGUCGCGCGCGCGUUUCCCAUUCCUUAUCACAGCAAACAGCCAGUGAAAGUGGAAAGUUAUCGCGAGAGUGAAAGCGAAACCCGGACUGAGACACGGGGCUAAAAAACGAAAAAACACAAAAAACGAAACAAACACAGAGAUAAAUCACAAGUUGCGAAUAAACAAAAGCCAGGGGAAUCGCCCAAUAAAAAGAAUCCCGCGCCUCAAACAAAUGGGAGCAGUGAAAAAAUCCAGGCGGGACAGACAAAUCGCGAAAAUGAAAUAAAUUGCAAUAUCAAUAUUGCGUUCUGGUGUCCAAUUUCAGUUGUGAUAUGCGUUUGAACAUAUUCGUUGUGAAAGUGAAUUAAAUACGCAAGCAGAGCGUUUCAAUUAGGCGAAAAUCGAAAACGAAAAGAGCAGCAAAAUGUAUGGCUUCGUUAACUACGCUUUGGAGCUGCUGGUGCUGAAGCAUUUUGGCGAGGAAAUAUGGGAGAAGAUCAAGAAAAAGGCCAUGGUCAGCAUGGAGGGGCAGUUUCUGGUGCGACAAAUUUACGACGAUGAGAUAACAUACAAUCUAAUUGGAGCAGCUGUCGAGAUACUCAAUAUUCCCGCAGAUGACAUCCUGGAGCUUUUUGGCAAGACCUUCUUCGAGUUCUGCCAGGACUCGGGCUACGACAAGAUCCUCCAAGUGCUGGGAGCCACGCCACGGGAUUUCCUUCAGAAUCUCGAUGCCCUGCACGACCACCUGGGCACCCUGUACCCUGGAAUGCGGGCCCCCUCCUUCCGCUGCACGGAGAAGGAUGGCGAGCUGCUCCUCCAUUACUACUCGGAGCGGCCGGGCCUCGAGCACAUCGUCAUCGGCAUCGUCAAGGCCGUUGCAUCCAAGCUGCAUGGCGUCGAGGUGGAAAUCGACAUUGUCAAGCGCAAGGGAGAGCCCAUCGACGAGGCCGAAAAGGAGCGGGCCAUCGCCCGGGAAAAUCAGCAGUUGCAGGACGAGGCGACGGCGACGACGACGGGAUCGGCAACGGUAGUCCUGGCUCCUUCGACGGAUGCCGAGCGAAACAAUAAUCACAAUGGCAGCAGCAAUAAUGGAGUGGCCAACAACGCCAACGUCAAUAACAACAACGAUGGCCAACAGAUUGCCAGCGAGACAGAGCCCGCCAUAGCACUAAACACGUGUCCCAUUGCCCAGGAUAGUUUCGACUGCGAUGGGGAUAAGGAGCAGAAGUGCCUGCGGCUGCUGAAGAACAAGAGUGACGACAUCGAGCGAUAUGACCACGUGCAAUUCCUGAUACGAGAGAUCAAUGUGGCGGCCAAGUCACAGGAUGAUGCCAAAAAGGACGAGGUGCCCGAUGACAUGGAAUUCCUCUGCGAAGCACCCCUCAUAUCGCCCUCCACAUUCUGCAAGGUGUUCCCUUUCCACCUGAUGUUCGAUAGGCAAAUGAAAAUCGUUCAGGCCGGCAAGGCUGUGUCUCGAGUAAUUCCCAGAGUCGCCGAGGAGAACUGUUCCCUGAUAGAGGUGGUGGAGGCCAUCCGGCCGCACCUGCAGCUCAACUUCGAGAACAUCCUGUCCCACAUAAACACCAUCUAUGUCCUGCAGACUCGACAGGGGGCCAUGAGCAGCCGGCACGAGCAGCGAUUCCUGAGACUGAAGGGUCAAAUGAUGUACAUUCCGGAAACGGAUCGGAUCCUGUUUCAAUGCUACCCCAGUGUCAUGAAUCUCGACGAUCUGACCAAGAAGGGACUCUACAUCUCGGAUGUGCCGCUGCACGACGCUGCCAGGGAUUUGGUCCUGCUCUCCGAGAAAUUCGAGGCGGAGUACAAGCUCACCAAGAACCUGGAAAUGCUCACCGACAAGCUGCAGCAAACCUUCCGCGAUCUGGAGAGCGAGAAGCAGAAGACCGACAGGCUGCUCUAUUCGGUGCUGCCAAAGUCGGUGGCCAAUGAGUUACGACACCAGCGUCCAGUGCCGCCGAAACGCUAUGACUCCGUGACGCUGAUGUUUUCCGGCAUCGUGGGCUUUGGCCAGUACUGUGCGGCCAACACGGAUCCCGAUGGGGCCAUGAAAAUCGUGAAAAUGCUGAACGAGCUCUAUACAGUCUUCGACGCGCUCACCGACUCCAAGCGAAACCUGAACGUGUACAAGGUGGAAACGGUUGGGGAUAAGUACAUGGCCGUUUCCGGGCUGCCCGACCACUGCGAGGAUCAUGCCAAGUGCAUGGCACGGGUGGCCCUGGAUAUGAUGGACAUGGCCAAGAACGUCAAAAUGGGCUCCAAUCCAGUGCAAAUCACCAUAGGCAUCCAUUCCGGCGAAGUGGUGACCGGAGUGAUUGGCAACCGAGUGCCGCGCUACUGUCUCUUUGGAAAUACGGUCAACUUAACCAGCAGGACGGAGACUACAGGUGUUCCCGGCCGCAUCAAUGUCAGCGAGGAAACCUAUCGACUUCUCUGUCUGGCGAUCAACCAAGAUGAUUCGUUCCACUUGGAGUACCGCGGACCGGUUAUCAUGAAGGGCAAGCCGACGCCCAUGGACUGUUGGUUCCUGACGCGUGCCACCAGCAGCAUUUUGGGUGGCGCCUCCUCGACGAGCGGGGGCGGGGGCGGUGGAAACGGGAGCCUGGACUCGCCGCUCCUGCAGCCAACAACACCGACGACUGGCGGUGCCACGCCCUUUGGCACAGCCGCCCAGCGGACGGCAGGACAUGCCAGUGUGUCACGUACUUCGUCCGCCGGCGGAGGGGGGGGCACAUAGGAAAUGUGCAAGGACUCGUCAUGCUGCUGCUGAAACAUCCUGUAAAGUUGCCAUUGCGUGCGUGACUCCAUCUGUCCGAAUGUCUGCGGCCAAAUCUGCAGGUCCUUGGACCACUUAACCACUUCAUUUCUAUGCCUUUGUGUUUGUCGUCCUGCAUCCUGCGACCUGCAACCCAAGUGUGUGUUCUUGACAUUGUGUGAUUGUUGCUGCUGGCACAUUGCGGCUGGAGCGCAAGGAGCGUCGGAUCGUUGUGCAAGCCUGUGGAUUAUCCUGUAAAAACGUUUAAGAUCAUCUAAGUGUGUGUUUGCGUGAACCCUUGUAGAUGUGUAUUAUUGUGUAAAGAAAGUGUAAUUUGUUAAUAUGUAUUUAUUAUGAUUCUACUUUGUGAUGGUUUCUUAGGCUGAACUUUUUCAUGUAACUAUAAAAUCUAAACGCAACAUUACUCGAACUGUAAAAACCGACGAGCGAAACAAUGUAAGGCAAAUAUUCUAACUAAACCACUCAACUUUUGGGACAACUUAAUUAAGCCGUAACGUAAAUUAGCAUAACCACAAGGCACCAAAGAAAAAGCAAACAAAAUAACAAAUUCAUAUAUAAAUACUAUAUAUAGAUCUAAUUGGGUUCGUAUACUUCUAUACAGGGCUACCGACCAGUAAACAUACAAAACUGUUAGCAAUCUCAACUGCACCAAAAAGUAAAGUCUAUACAAAUGUACAACCGUACCACAAGCAAGUAUUUUCAUGGAUAAAUGUUCUGAAGUCCAAAACGCAGUAUCAAGAAAAUAGGAAUUUAGGUUAGUAUGUCCUUAACCCACAGUUCGUUUAAGUUUCCAUUGAUCUAUCGGCAUUGUUACGAAGGACAAAUCUCUACUUUACUAUAACUGAAAAAUAGCUUUAUAGUUCUUAAGCCAUCACGCCGGAAGUCUCUCUCUCUGAAAUCAUGGACUAUAGUUAAUACAUACCUAUAUAUAGAUAUAUUCAUAGCAAUAUUAAUGUGCACAGAUGCAAAUACUCUAAAAUAUAUCCAACUGUUCAGCUGAAUGUUCUUCUAAGGCAAAGCGUAGCUUAAGAUCAGGUCCAAAAGCGACUCGAUUUGUUUUUUGUUGAUCCAAAAGAGGUGUUGAGUGUAAAUCUAAGAUACUUACUUGUACUAUAAAAAGGCUAAGAAGUGUUAAGUACUAAACUAACUAAGCCCUCACCCCCGCUCUUCACCCCUCAACUGUUUUCAUCUGUACACAGAAUGGAGUAAAUGUUAAAUAUGUUAAAGUAAAAACAAUAUGUAACUGUAACCCAAAAGUAAAUCGCAAGAUAAACAUACUAAGAAGCAAAUAAAAAUAUUUCAUUGAACCCUAAAA